CUGUAGAUCGUUAAGGACACUAUCAUUGACAUAUGUUGCUCUUGACCCACCUGCUUCCAUGAGUUUUAGCUCUCUCAAAACUCUCUAUCUCACACGGAUUAUAUUGUCUGCUAACAAGAUAAAAAAUUUGACUUCCAAUUGUCCACUCUUGGAAGACAUUGUUGUCAAAGACCGCAGCUCUGCACAGAAUCUCGACAUCUUUGUUGAAAAUCAGCAGCUUCAUAGCUUAACAGUUAUAGACUCUGACCUUUAUCAUUUUUAUGAUGAUCAUGAUUAUGAUGACCUUUACAUUGCUUUUGGAAAUGGUUUUGAUGAUAUGGGAUAUAUGACUACUAAGAUUGAGAUUUAUGCCCCAAAUCUGUUGUCCUUGAAAUUAAUUGGGAACAAGCCGCCGAGAGAGUAUCGUAUAAAGAACUUACAGUCUCUUGUCGAGGCCAGCAUUGAUUAUGAGGAAGAACUUUAUAAUGGUUGCCAUGAGUGCUAUGAACACAACAUCAAUUCAUUGAAGGGACUUCUUGAAGAUCUUCGACAUGUUAAGGACUUUAAAUUAUGUAGUUGGUGUAUUCAGCUUCUAUCUUCAAGGGAGUUACAAGUUCUCGAUGCUUUAUCCAUGAAUUCCACACGUUUGGAUCUGAAGACAGGAUUGAGUAAAUGGGAGCUCCCAGGCAUUGCCCACUUGCUAAAGAGUUGUUGUUCCCUUGAGACUCUUAUUCUACAUUUGGACCAGAAACCUCUAUUGGAGAUCCACAACUACCGCAGCCAACAACGGUUGAAUUGGGAGGACAACUAUGAUUUUGAUGAAAGGGUGUAUUGGAAGUCACAGAAGCUUUGUUUCUUUAAGCUGUUUGAGCACCUCAAAAUUAUUAUCAUUUAUGACUUGAGUUCCGAUCCCACUCCUGUGAAUGGUUACGAGCCCACUCCUACCGAUAUUGAAGUUAAAUCUGUGAUUGAUGAGCCUGAGAAUGAAAUUAACUUUGUCAAAUUUUUGCUCAGCAACUCAACUGUGAUUGUAAAAAUGGAUAUUAGCAUUCUAGAGGAAGUUUGUGGCCAGCCGGAGUUCCUGCUCAAUCUUACCGAGAGGUUACUGUCUUUCCCAAGAGCGUCCCCAAAAGCUGAAAUCCAUGUCUCUUAUUAGGGCUCAUCUGUCUUCAUAUUAGUCUUGAGAACUCCAAAACUAUUAACCAUUAAGGUUCCUUCUGUAACUAAAACUACCAACCAUUAAGGUUCCUUUUGUAA